UCUGGAUUCACUUGCACAUUGCACCGGGGUUUUGUUCAGUGUUUACAAGACGCGCAAGGGGUUUUAUUUUUGAAUAACUCUUCUGUGAGUGUCCGUCAGAAGACAACCCUAGUCUGAAAUGAGAAGAAUUACAACGACUGAGCCACUUGGUUCAGAGACUGAUGGUGUUGCUGUCAAAUCAUUCUGGACUGAUUAGCUGGAUUGGCACUCCACAAAGACCAGAUGUGGCUAAGAAUGAUGCGGAGAGGAAUGCCAACCUGGAUUUGGCGGCUUGCUAUGGUAUUGGUUCUCCUGUGCUGCAUAGUUUCCUUGUUGUACAUGUUGGCAUGCACUCCAAAGGUGGAAGAUGGCCAGCCCAUACUGCCUAGGGUCAGUGGCCCAACUGGAAAGGAUAACUUUCAAGUGUUGCUUGAGGAGCGUGAGGAACAACACCGUAAUUACAUUACCAGUUUAAAAAGACAAAUCGCACAACUGAAGGAGGAACUGCAGGAGAGGAGCGAGCAACUGAAAGCUGUGCAGGAUCGUUAUGGUGACUCACUAGGAGCUAAUAUUGACCGGAGCAGGCCAGAGAAAACUCAGGCAGGUCUGCUCGAAUUUCUGCACUCUCAGAUCGACAAAGCAGAGGUCCAUUCUGCCGUCAAAUUGCCAACGGAAUAUUCAGUGAUACCAUUCGAGAGCUUCACGCUACAGAAGGUGUACCAGCUGGAGAUGGGCCUGACGCGGCAUCCUGAGGAGAAACCAGUCCGAAAGGACAAAAGAGACGAGCUAGCAGAAGCUAUUGAAGUUGCACUAGAAUUUUUGAACACUGCUGAAGAUGAAGGAGCAACAAACCAGCGCAUGCACGCAGCUGCUGACUUUGUUGAAGGUAUUUAUCGCACAGAGAAGGAUAAAGGCACUUUGUAUGAGCUGACAUUCAAAGGGGACCAAGCCCAUGAGUUCAAACGCCUAGUUUUAUUUCGUCCUUUUGGCCCCAUCAUAAAGGUGAAGAAAGCAAAGGUGGACACAUCCAACGUGCUGAUUAACAUCAUAGUGCCUCUGGCAAAAAGAGCCGAUAAAUUUCGACAGUUUAUGCACAAUUUCAGGGAGGUGUGUAUUCGACUGGACGGGAGAGUCCACCUCACUGUGGUUUACUUUGGUACAGAGCAAAUGAUUGAAGUAAAAUCCAUACUUGAAUAUAUGUCCAGAGAAGCAAAUUACAGGAACUACACAUUCAUUCCCUUGAAAGAGGAUUUCUCCCGUGGGAAAGGAUUGGAUGUAGGUGCUCGGGCUUGGAAGGGGAACAAUGUCCUGCUGUUCUUCUGCGAUGUGGACAUUCACUUCACAGCGGAGUUCCUGAACACGUGCAGACUGAACACCCAGCCAGGAAAGAAGGUUUUCUAUCCUGUCCUCUUCAGCCAAUACAAUCCUGCUAUUAUUUAUGGUCAUCAUGACUCCGUUCCACCCAUUGAACAACAGUUGGUGAUUAAGAAGGAUUCAGGCUUCUGGAGGGAUUUUGGCUUUGGAAUGACUUGCCAGUAUAGAUCAGACUUCAUCAAUAUAGGUGGUUUUGACUUGGACAUAAAAGGGUGGGGAGGUGAGGAUGUUCACCUUUACCGCAAGUACCUCCACAGCGACCUGAUCGUGAUUCGAACGCCAGUCCGCGGGCUGUUCCACCUGUGGCACGAGAAGCGCUGUGUGGACGAGCUGACUCCCGAACAGUACCGCAUGUGCAUGCAGUCCAAAGCCAUGAACGAGGCGUCCCACGCCCAACUGGGAAUGCUGGUCUUCAGGCAUGAGAUCGAAGCACAUCUACGCAAACAGCGACACAAGACCAGCGUGAGGAAAACAUAAGAGAAGCCUGGGUCACACUGGCUUUAGCAUCGGGAACCUGGUACUGGUGGAGAACCCAUCACAGAAGCAAAUUGUUUUCAAGCUGCUCCUUGCAACAUGAAACACCUCUGUGAUGUUACAAUCUAUGUUGUUCUCCUUCAGCCUAAGGGAAAGUCAAGCAUUUGGUGGUGUUGGUGGGAUUUAUGGUUCGGAAUGUUCACAGCUUCAGGUUCGGUCAGAGCUUAAUACAGAUAAAUUCCACUGCUCAUGUCAGACACUAAACUGGAUGGUGGACCUUCAGAUUACUGACAAUUGCAGCACAGCAAAUGUGUGCAUGUGCAUAGUAUUUAUAUAUUCCCAUUAAA